AUGUCUGCAGACCGGACUUAUUGGCUUUCGGAAGAGCCAUUGCAAGGUCACAUUUAUUUCCCCUCGCCUACGGACUGGAGAGCGCUGUCCAUUUACCAAUUGGUAACCGACCGCUUCGCCGAUGGGGACCCUAGGAACAAUGAAGCCUUCAAAGGCGGCUUCGAUGUCCGAGAUAUGACCUUCAGGCAUGGAGGCGACUUCGUAGGACUUCGCUCGAAGCUGGACUACAUAAAAGGCCUUGGCUGCCAGGCCAUCUGGAUAUCUCCUGUUUUCCAAAAUGGGUACAACUACUACCACCAGUAUGCUCAGCAGGACUUCACCCUGCUAGAUCAACGUCUCGGCACCCUCGAGGAGUUGAGGGCCUUGACGCAAGCGGCCCACGAUCGGGGCAUGUACGUGCUGAUUGACGUAGUCAUGAACCACAUGGGCAAUGAGUUCUUCUUCGAGGGUCAUCAGACCGACACGGCUCCCUUCCGAUUCCACGAGAACCAUGGUCUCCGGGAGUACAGGCUAAUUACGCGCCGUGCUGCGAGCGAGCUCUACGACACUCCGGCUGGAAAACAGCCCUACAUGGACUUCUACUUUAACAACACUUGGGUUGAAGAGGCGAAGUAUGCCAGCCCGUUCUACGGACAAUACGGCGAAGCCGCGUGGGAUCAGGGCCAAGGGACUUAUGACGGAUCAGACUUCCACCACAACGGUGACCUGCAGAACUAUGCAGACCCCUGGGAAAUUAAUGUUGCCAAGAUCUAUGGUACCAUGGACGACUUGAGGCUGGAGCACAGCCGCGUUCAGGACAAGUACAUUGCCAUGACGCAAGCCCUCAUUCAAAGUGCCGACGUGGAUGGCUUCCGAGUAGAUACUCCGAUGCAGGUUCCCUUGCCUUUCUAUAAGCGCUGGGCACCAGCGAUCCGAAGCUUCGCGAAAUCGCUGGGGAAGGAUCGCUUCGGGCUCUUUGGGGAGUUCUAUGUCACCACGGAGAGGUAUGCCACCAUGACAGGCCGCGGGAAGGACAACGGUAUGUACGGCCAAGACCGCUUCAUAGCUGGCGAAGCCACACUGAAAGGCGGUAUCGUGUAUCCGUACUAUUGGUACACCUUCACAGCUUUGGUGUACCGAAGGCCGCAGUACGCAGAUGGUUUUGCAUUGGCUUACGAGCAGGAGAACCGGAUGAUCGAUACAUUCGAUCCAAGCACCAAUCGCUCGGAGUACGCGCAAUGGAUUUUCUGCAACAAUCACGACAAUUGGCGUCUCCAGACUCUGACUGGGAAGAACCAGCUGCUCAUGU